AUGCAUGAGCAAAUCGAAGUACUUAAAGCAAUUUAUUCUCGUCGGAAUGAAAUUGUCCAUGAUGACGUGUCUCAAAUAAUUACAUAUAAUGCAUUUGAUGAUAAUCUACAGUGCAUUGGAUUUUCGACAAGAGUUUAUAUGAAUAAUGCAAUCAUCGUUGAAAGUAAUAUUUUAGCAAACGAUGAACUUAAACAGUUACGUGAAAAUGCUUGUUUGAAAACAACAUUGUACGAUUUAUUUACUGCACUUAAAAGUUUAUAUGAUGAAUUGAUGAUGAAAAGAACCAAAGAAAUAGUGCCGUUGGAAGAAUCUUCAUCUUCAAUUUUAAUGAAAAUCGAUCAUAUGCGUUCGCCAAAUAUUUACAUGAAACAUCUUCGUCAAUGGACAAACGAAUUAAACAUAACUGGACGAGUUCUUGUUAUUCCGCACACUAUUUUUAUACUUGUCGAAGGAAACAAUGACAAUCUUAAGAAAUUUAUUAUUAAAUUAAAAACUGAAACAGUAGAUAUCGAUAAUCGUGGUAGACCAUGUAAAGAACGAUUGUUGACGCAAAUCGUUGAAAUAAAUAUUCACCCUGCAAAAUUUUCUAAUUUUGAAAAAAUCGAAUUCAAUAAUCGAAAUGAAUUAGAAUCAUAUUUGAGGAAGUCCGACUACGCAGAAUUACUGAACUAUAUUAAAAAUUGA